AUGUCUAAUGAUUGUAAACAUCCGCUCGUUGGUAUUGGUGUGUUUGUUAUCCGUGGGGACAAAUUUUUGAUUGGGAAACGAAAAGGAUCACAUGGAUCGGGGACAUGGCAACUUCCCGGAGGUAAGUUAGAUUUCAGCGAGUCAUUCGAAAGAUGCGCGGAAAGAGAAGUUUUCGAAGAAACAAAUCUCAAGAUCAAAGAUAUCAAAUACCACUUCGUCACGAACGACUUUUUUCUCAAUGAAAAUAAACAUUACGUGACUAUUUUCAUGUGCGCAAAAGUUGCAGAUUCAAAUGUUGAGGCUUUGGUGAUGGAGCCAAAUAAAUGUGAAACAUGGGAAUGGAUCACGUGGCAAGAGUUUAUUCGUGGGGGAAAUUCGGGUAAAGAAGGGAAUGUAAAGAAUAAAUAUCGUCCAAUGUUCUUGCCAAUUGAACAUUACUUUAAGACUAGGGGAGAAAAUGGUCCAUUUUAA